AUGGCUGAUCCCUUCGAGGUGCGCAUGCGCUUCACGACACAGCUCCAGCAUCUGAGCGCCUCUGUCACCUCCUCGCAGAAAGCCGCUCAUUAUGCACUCAAAUACCGGGAUAUGGAUGAGGACCUUCACUCCUGCAUUCUCGAACAGCUAGAAAUGAACAGUAUGAACAACCGUGCCAAUAUCAUGUACUUCAUCGAACACCUCUGCGAUAUGGCCACCAAGGAAAACCACCUCGAAUUCGUCCGCAUGAUGCAGCGCGAUAUCCUCCGCGUUGUCGACGCGGUUGCCCCGCCAGAUGGUUCCGGUGCCGCAAAUGUCAAACAUGUUCGCCGCGUGCUAAACGGAUUGCAGUCAAAAUCGUUCCUCUCCGCAGAUACUGUCCGUGAAAUCGAUGCAUGUCUCAAAGAGAGAGAAAGUCACCCGGCGCAUCUUCUUGACCUUGAGUUUGUGGAGCCCGGCCAGACGACCAUUGAAGGCGGAGAUUCGGUCAAGGCCCCAGGCCCCACGACUAGGCCAAGCGGCAUUAAGGUGGAUAAACGGCAGAUCGAACAGCGGAUCGAGGAGGAUAGGGAGCGGAAUAAGCGGCUACGGGAGUCAAUGUGGGCUGUGCCGGGGAAUGAUGCUGAUGAGUUUGACAAGAUGUGGGAUGAAGUUAGUGAUCUUGGAGAAGAUGAUUAUUUAGCAGCUGAGGAGGAGGCGAUGGAGAGGAAACGAAUUGCGGAGGAGUAUUACGAUGCUUGA